GGGAAAAUCGCAUCGGGUAGCGGGGGAUCCGACCCGAGCAUGACCCUUUGACGGUCCUACACGAGGAUCAACUCCCCAACGACGUCGCUUUCCUCGGGCGAUUUCUCCCGCAAAUCUCUCUCUCUCUCUCUCUCUCUCUCUCUCUCUCUCUUAGGGUUUUGCUUCUGCGAUCUCAGAUUCUAGGGUUUCUGUGAUGCUUUUCUCCACCAACGGUCGAAGAAAAUGAGAAGAAACCUGCUACAAAUCGCAGAGAUUCCUCUCUCAUUCGCUCCAUCAUCGUCAGAUCCUUCCUCUCAAAGUGCGGAUACUAAUCCAAAAUCCCCGUCGUGGAUCUUUGGUUGCCAUGGCCUCUGGUACAACCUCGCCCUCAUUGUUCCGUCGGCCCUCUUUGUCGCUUUCUUGCUGUCGAAGGCGAGGAAGAGCUUUUCCAAGCUCUCUCAUGGCCGGUCCUACAUCAUGAUCGCGUACUACGCUCUCCUGUGGAUCGUCAGCGCCCUCAAUCUCGCGUGGUGCGUCCUUCAGGUUUGGCAGUGCAGUCCUGGGAAGGAAUUAUCAUGGAAUGUCCUUUCUCUGUUUACAACCUCUGGGAUGCUAUUCUUGGAAAUUAGCUUGGUGGCCUUUCUACUUCAAGGAAGCCCGGCUGGUGGGUUGGAAGCUUUAACACAAACAUUUAUUAUCUCAGGUGUCAUUGUUGGUGUGGAUAUACUUCUUAAGGCAAUCUACGUAUUUGGUUUUGGGGUCCCUUUCUUCAUAGACAGUGAUGAAUCGACACAUCGGGUGAAGUGGGGGUUGUGGGUUGUCCACAAGCUAUUGCUCACUGCAGUUUAUGGCUUCAUCUUGUUCAUGCACCAUACGAAAUGGCGAGAGAGGUUGCCUGCAAGACCGGCAUUUUACAACUACAUCUCCAUGAUGUUCAUAAUGAAUGCAGUAGCGCUGUUUGCAUGUGCACUAUUGGGAAAUGGAGCUGCAUUCGGGUUCUGGUUGUACGACCUUACGACUGUCUGCUAUCACUCUCUCUAUCUUCCUUUUCUCUAUGUAACAUUCCUAGCAGAUUUUUUUCAGGAGGAAGAUUUGCAUUUGGAGAAUGCAUACUACUCUGAGAUGAAAGAUGCCGGUUUUUUUGAUGCUGAUUGGGAUUAGUCAUCAUUAUCAUUACGUAUCUCAUGGCAUAGCCCUGUCAAAUACCGACCAUGAUCCCUCCAACUUGUGAAUAUCUGCUUGGUGGUGAUCUCUGGUUAUGGUCAAUUCUCUGAUACCCUUGUAAAAUGAAAGCUGCAGUAGUGACUAGAAUUUGGAUUUUAAUCCGUUGUAUGAAAUUUCGUGCCAAAUGUGUGCCUCUUACAAGCAUGAUGCUACUAUUCAUAAUCUCUCAUCACUAAUGAAUGAAACAAAGUAUGUCUUGAAGCAA